CCUAAUCAGAGUAUUUUGCUUCCUCUAGUCUUCCAGCAUAAUAGUAAUACAGGAAACAUUGUCCUGCUGUGCAGCGUGGUGUUUAAUGUGCUCUCUCUGAAUUACUGACAGCUGUUGGGGUUAAGUCACUGUCCUAAUGGGUUUGACCAUUGAACUUAAAAUAACUCUCUGCUUCAUCAAAACCUAAUUGUAUAACAUUUAAGUGCCUGUGCUUAUAGUGCAGUAGUAAUAAGAUUAUGAGAAAAAUUAUUUAAUCUCUUUUAAUAUUGUAUUGUUUCUAAAUAGAUUAGAUUUCUUAGCUUGUAUGGCUUCCUGUUGACACAGAAUAUAAACUAUGCAGAGGAUUUCCAGUUGCAAUUCUUGAAACUGUAAUUAUUGCACACAAUAUAUUCUGUCUAAGAUUGUUUUAGUGUUGACCAUUUCAGAGUCAUUGCCUCGACUGUAAGUGUACAGUAAAAGCUUGGGAAAACGUCUGUGGUUAGUCAAAUGCAGAGGUGCCAACAUAUACGGUUUAGUCAUAGCAUUUAUGUGUUUUGACUCCUUGCCAUGUCAGGUCAUGGCCACGCAAUAACUACACCCUUCUGCUUUUUUGGUUAAAGCAGUUGUCAGACCAAACACUAAUAAAACUCUCCUGUCGAAAAAACGAGUUCACUGAAAGGAAAGGACAUUAGACGUGAAAGAUGCGCAUUUGUGGUUACUUUUGGUUUUGCACUGACUUCAUCUAGGUGGACUUUAAGCUGUGAAUUAGCAAAACUCUGUCUUGUGAGCCAGUUGAAAGCAGAGGAAUUUGUAUUUUGCAGCUCUUUGGGAAAAAUGUGCUGUGCAUCACAAUUUAAUAUUUUUCUUUCACUAUGUAUUGUAUACUUCAUAAUUUUUAUUGAGCUAUUUUGUAUUGCCAUUUGGACAGAUAAAUUGUUUGACUUGUUGGAUUGUUUUCCUUUCAUGUCAGUAAUGAUAGUGUAAGGACUUUUUUUAAAUUUAUUACUAUGUGCCUCAUCUAUUGGACAUGCACCUGUGUUAAUUUUGUAACUAUUAAAUCUCAGUAAACUUAUACAUUCAGCUGGUUGCUUAUAAAUCCAAGCAUUUCUUCAGACUGCAGUUAAACAUCAGUUAAACCCUUGUUGAAACAUGUUUCAUCAUUUAUUCAUUUAUUAUUGUUAGCAUGGUGCUAUCCCAUCCACCGACAUACGUAAGGGUUUUUAUGGUAAAAUUCAGUUUUUUCUCUCUGUCUGCUAAGAUUUCCUUGUUAGCAAUGUUGGCACAUUUGCACAUGGCCUCUCUCUGUAUAGCUAAUUGGUUCUUGUUCAUAAUUAUUGACAAAUCGUACCAGACUCUCUGUGGAAUGCAAGAUUGUUUUGAACUAUCCUUGUGGUGUUUCUGGUGUGUGGAACUUUUGCUCCAAACCUCCACGUGAAUGGCUGAAACAUACAGCCUUUAUUAUCAAUCUCUUUUCUUCAGUUACACCAAGUUGGAAGCUGUGGUCAUAACGGAGUGUCCGUCAUAUUAUUGUUGCAUUUUCAUAUUUUUAGGUUUUGCUUUUCUAAUGUAAUAUACAUGGCAUACUAAAAAUAUGAUGCAGAUGAACUAAAAUUAAUUAAAUUUCAACACCUUAUCAUGAUAUUCGGAAAGGUGUGUCUAUGCAGUUAGUAUUAAUGCUCAUUCUGCAUCUGUUACUUGAUUGACAGAUGUGCAUGUGCUAAACAGUGGCCAUGUAUGAAUAAGUGAAAUCUGUUGAGAUCCAGUGUUUAGCUGUAAAAGAAAAGCAGGCUGACUUGACUCCACCCAGGCCAGCUUUUCAGGUUGCUGAACAGGCUCAACAGAAAAACAGGCAGGUAACUUUUUUUUUAGAGGCUUUCUGCUCACUCGUGGAGCUUUGCUGAGUCUCAUCACAUAGCAAUAACAUACAAAACUACAAAAUAACAAAAUAACAUACAAAAUGUCCAUUUGAGGCAGUACUUUUGUGUGAACUGCUUCUUCCUGUUGUUGGAAUUACAAGUGCACUUCUGUUACUAUUGUAGGGCUGGCUCAGGGUCCAUCGUCAUGGCUGCUACUAUCCAGGACUACCAGAGGACAGAGGCGGACAGGCUCAAUGAGGUCAAGGGUCACCUUGAGAUCGCCUUAUUGGAGAAACAUUUUCUUCAGGAAGAGCUGAGGAAACUUCGAGAGGAGACGAAUGUUGAGACACUGAAGCAGGAGCUUGAGAAAGAGAGGUUGAAAAGACUUGACCUCGAACAUAAAAUGAAUGAAAUCCUAAAGACCAGACCAGAGGACUCCCCACCCCCUCCUUCCAAAGCUCAUGGUCCUGCUGUCAAUGGAACAGGAGAAAAGCAGAAGGAGUCUGUGAGCUCGAAGCUUUGGAAGUGGCUGUAUGAGCGCUUCGGCGUGUACAUAGAGGACUUCCGCUUCCAGCCUGAGGAGAACAUGGUGGAGACAGAGGAGCCACUCAGCGCUAAAAGGUUAACUGAAAAUAUGAGACGACUCAAACGAGGGGCUAAGCCUGUCACUAACUUCAUGAGGAACCUUUCUGCCUUAUCCAGCUGGCACUCUGUCUACACAUCAGCCAUCGCCUUCAUUAUCUACAUGAAUGCUGUGUGGCAUGGCUGGGCAAUUCCUAUGUUUCUCUUCUUAGCGAUUCUCCGUCUGUCCUUAAAUUACCUCAUAGCAAAAGGCUGGAGGAUACAGUGGAGUAUUGUGCCUGAGGUGUCUGAGCCAGUGGAGCCUCCGAAAGAAGACUUGACUGUCUCUGAGAAGUUCCAGUUAGUGCUGGAUGUGGCACAAAAAGCUCAGAACCUGUUUGGAAAGAUGUCAGAUGUUUUGGAGAAAAUCAAAAACCUGUUCAUGUGGGUGCAGCCUGAAAUCACUCAGAAGUUGUAUGUUGGUCUGUGGGUGGCGUUCAUUGCUUCCUGCCUGCUGCCGUACAAACUCUUGGGCUUCAUAAUCGGGCUUUAUGCUGGUAUCAAGUUCUUCAUCAUUGACUUUAUCUUCAAGAGCUGCCCCAAACUUAGGGACAAAUAUGACACACCGUACAUUGUAUGGAAAAGCCUGCCAACUGACCCACAGCUCAAAGAACGUCACAGCGGCAACAUCGGCAGACGGCUGUCUGGCUAUGAAAAGCAGAUCCAGCCUGUGGUCACACGUGGCAGCCUCGUGGCUGGAGUGCCAUGUGGUGUUGGGCGUGACGAGGAGAGUGGGCGUGCAUACAGCACCAAGAGAGGUCCUUUCCAUGAAGUCUUCAACUUGUCUGAGAAUGAGCGCCCCCUACCAGUGUGUGAGAAUGGGUGGCGCUGCUGUUUAAUCAACAGGGACAGGAAAAUGCCUACCGACUACAUACGAAAUGGCUACCUCUACGUGACAGAAAACUACUUAUGCUUUGAGAGCUCCAGCUCCCGUUCUACAUCCUCUAAGAAGAAUAAAGUCAUCAAACUCCAAGACAUUACAGACAUUCAGAAGUAUAAGGUUUUGUCAGUAUUGCCUGGAUCUGGGAUGGGAAUCUCAAUAGCCACACCAUCUACACAAAAACCUCUGGUGUUUGGUGCCAUGAUUCACCGGGACGAAGCCUUUGAGGCCAUCUUCAACCAGUACGCGAAGAUCAACGGUGCCAUUCCCCCUGUCACAGUGACAAACCCGGAAACGUAGAACAUGUGGUGAAAAGUUUUGCUGGAGCUCCAGUUUAACAAGGAGGCUUCAGCUAAGGAGCAGCUUCUUCCACUUCUCCUUCUCCUCCUCGAAGAGGUGCAGGGAUACAGAGAAAGAUAAAAAAAAAGGAAUCCAUGUCCCUUUGGGUGCCUGUGCUGCGUUUUUAGAAAAGUGUUUUAAACAUGGCUCCUUUGUGAUGAGACGUUUGCGCCAGUGUUUAUCGUGUGUCUCAUUUGGGAAUCCACUGAGCACCACUAAAAUGCUAUUAUGGAACAGGAGCUGGUUCUCCUCACAGUUUCUGAUCACGAUUCUAGUCUUCUGUGUCAUUUUGUGGCCUAUAUAUCAGUCUUGUCACCUAAAUUUUAAUCCUGGAGCUGGUUCUUCUUGCCAUUUCUGAGAAUAUUCUCACCUAUGUUUCUCUGUGUUCUGUCAGGUAACUUUUAACCUCCCCUCUCUUUUCUUGCUAUUUUUUUUUUUUUCAACUGUAUCGCUUCUGGCCUUGCACAUGGAGACACAAUGCAGUUUGUGGUGCUGAGAUAUAGAGAAUGCCAGGGGCUGAAGCAUCAACUCAUGAAGUGUAGCUUCCCCUUCAGAAGUGCUCAAACACAUAUACCAUGGCCUUUUGUUUUAAACCUCUAUGCUGCAAGGUUGUAUUUUACUUAGAGUUUAUGCUGGACACUACCAAAUAGUACAAACAACCCCCUGUUCAAAAUUACAAUCCACACCACUUCCAACUACUCAGUAGAUGGGAAUAAUUUGUGGGAAAUCAGAAUUUUAAUUAUCAGUAAAUGUGAAAAAAUAGACAUUACACAGUGGGACAGUAAGCAACCAGCAUGGUUACAGGCCACACAAUCAUAACAAAUAUGAAUAUUAAUUUAAAUACAGUUCAUCACAUAUAGAACAAGGAAAGUUGAGAUUUGAAUGUAUCUCUAUGGAAUUUAUUCUUCACUCACAGGCAACAGAGGAACAAAUUGCAGCAGGAAGGCUGAGGUGGGAUUUUGAGAUGGUAUGGAUUCAAAUGUUUGUUAAAUUGGAAACAUAUAUGUUCCAUGAAAUGGACAAAAAAAACACUUCUGAAACACUUUAAGUGUGAAUUGGGCUUGAAAUCACACUGUAAUCUGAUUUCAUUUCACUGUGUGGAGUACAGAGCUGUAUGGGGAUGAAACUUCCCCGCUAUAACACUGCAUGUGCCAGUGUUGUCUACUCCCCAUAAUCUCUCAUCACAUAAAGAUGUUUCUUUUGUCCUGGAAAAAACCUUCACUCUUAUAAAUGUACCAAUAUAUAAGGAGUUCACCUAGCUUACUGUUGUAAAAAUGUGUGUGCCACAUACUGUAAACUGAUCUCUAUGCCUGUAAUCACUGUGGGAAUACUUCUGAAUACUUUGGGAAUAAUAUGUCCCACUGUACUGUCGCUGUCCCCAUUCCCAUGCAGCUCUCUAGUGUGUAACUGAUGCACCUUAAUUGUAGUGCACUCUCCUGCUCAUCUUCAGAUAGGGCUAGGAGUGAUAGGGUUAACCUUUCUGAGUAAUCAGUGUUUGCUCUGAAUCACGAUUUUUUUUUUAUUAAUUACAUAAGCUCACACGAUAAGCACAACUGUACCAUAAAGUCUUAUCAUGAACUGAAUGUGUAGGAGCCUUGAAGGGAGGUUCUGCUCGAGCAUUUUCCUGUUUGCUGUGUAUAUAAUUGUUACCAAACAUGAACUAUUACUUGCCCCCUGCUGCAGCUAUGCUUCCAUUAGCCGACCUAAACUCUUUGCACAAACAAACGAACCUUUCCUCUAAAUGUAUAGGCCAUAUAAAAGAAUACUACAGAAAUACUCUAAUAUCUAUCCAUUGUGUCUGUACUGUGUGUGUGAUUUCCAGAGACAUUCCAGAGAAAUCCUGAUGACGUGAAACAUUUUAUAACGGUUGUCUAAGGGCAGGCAUUAAAUUCUGUCAGCAAAUUUUUAAAAUGUACAGUUACACCAUUACACUAGCAGUAAUCAAUUCAGAUCACUUUUAUUCAGUUGACAUUGUCAUAAAGCAGAGUUACAGAAAUACAGUUCACGUUGAAAGGAAGUUCAGAGUGAUCAUAGUAUGAAUAAGAUAUCUGGGAUUCUUUACAAUUCCUGCAGCAGUUCUUAGGUACGAAUCUGCAUUACCCGGGUGAGAUUAUUCCCUGAAGCAAGGUUGAAUCUUAGGCAUAAACUGUUUUAUGGAAAUUGCAAAUCAAUAAAGAUUUUAGAAUGAGACAGACUUAAAAAAUCUUUGAGAUUUAUCCAAAUUUUGAAUCAUGUUGCAAUACACUAAAAACUAAGUCCAUUUAUUUACACUCUUUUAUCUACACCUAUUAUGGUAGUAACACAUUACCACAGAUUAUUCCAUUUGAAAAUAUAGUUCCAUGUCAAGUGUGAAUAAUACAGGUUUAAGCCUUAAUUUACAAAAAUUUUGACUAUAGAAUUUGUUAGUGUGCUACAGAAAUAUGAGUUUAGCGUAAACAUUUACUGACUGCCCUUAGACUUCUAUUAUAUAUAGUUUUCAAGUAAACAGUUGUUUUCUAUUUGUUACACAGUACAGAGAAAUGUGUUGAAAUUCUUGUCUGUAGUAGUUGCCCAAAUGCUGUUAGAGACAAAGUAAAAAGAUUACUUAUUUUAAACAUUUUUUACAUUAUUGAUCUUAUGAUCUUAUUGGUAUAAUUUGCGCAUCCCAAUUUAUUUAAUUGUAAUCUCUUCACAGCGUAGUAGGUCUCUCUCCUGCAGCUUCAGCAUGGCUUUCAGAAAAACCUUCUUCAUGCUUUUCUGGGAGACCUAAUUUCUGUAGUCAUUUUCCUUACUGCUUGCUAAACCAUUAGGAAUCCAAACAUGCCUUUUUCCUUUUAUUCAGAAACAAUUUUGUUAUACCAGUCUAUUGUUAGUAUACUAGCCACUUGGCCCUGUGCUAACCAGCACUUUAUACAAGUAGCAUUCGUGUGUGUGUGUGUGUGUGUGUUGUUUCUGUUCCUACUGCUAUGGCACAUUAUUCUCGUUAAUUAGCUGUCAGUGUCUCACUUUGUGCUUUGACUUAUUUUCCUCGCCGUCUUGCCGAAUGACUUCACUACUGAUUUAAGUCUAAAUGUUCAGUGCUAUAACUAAAAGUUUAGGGUUCUUAUUGAGUGUAAAAGCAAUCAGCUAAUACAACAUUGAAUCGUUUACAGUUUUCAGUUGAGGUUUGAAUCUCUCAGUAAUUAAUGUAGCUCACAAUUAAUCAUAGGAAUCAUAAGACCUCAGUGAAGAUCUAGGCGGCACAUUAGAGAAGAAGCACAGAAUUUACUGGUAAUGAUUUGCCAAAUAUUAUGUCUGUAUUACUGUUUGUUGUUUGCUAUGCCCUUUACCUGCUCUGUUUACAGAGUUUAAUAGUUGUCUUGGCCUAGUUUGAUCCCUAGGGAGAUCUAGGGGCAUGAGAAUGGGCCCACUGUUUUUGUGGUAAGUGUCUGUGGUACUGUGAGCUACUGAGGGUUUAAACUGAUUAUUAAAAAUUGGCUGAUAUGUUGAAGAGGUUUGGUUUUUUGAUUGGUAGGGUUUCUUCUGUCUUGUUUUUCAUCAUUCAACUCACUCAAGAUGUACAUGUAGGAAAGCAGAUAUUAGGGACAUUCUCUUUCACCCUUUUUGCUGUUUUGUUGGUCUGUGUUUAUAUGGUUAGCCAAGGACUAACAGUGUUGUGGUUUUUUUUUUUUUGGUUGGUUGUUUUUUUAAAUAUGACUUUUUAGUGGAACCAGUUAAGUAGAACACAAUAAAUCAUUAACCUCAGAUCGGUACAUUGAUGCCAUUUUUAAAACUAGGUGCGCAUGCUGUUAAACGUUCAUUAUGGUUAUUUUCUUUGAUUUCUUUGAAGUUUCCAAUCAGUCAGUAAGCUGUAGAGCUGCCCUGUGAUCAAUAAAAGGAAGAUUUCACACACACAAAAAAAUCAUGUUAAACAAGCCUCUGAACAGUUUUUUAAGAAGUUGUCUAAUAUAAAUGUGUUGUACCUUUUUUCUAUUUAAGUAAAAUAAUUUAACAUGU